AAAUAUCGAGUCUUUAUAUCAUUCUAACUACGGAUACAUGCAGUAUGCUACCGCAGAGUAUUGCGAGGACCAGUAGUUCAAUAUAGAGAUAUGAUCUAGAAAAGCAGAAAGCAGCUCUCGGAAACAGUCAUCUUGUCUCAGGAAUAUUUUGUAGGAAAAUUAAUGAUGAGGUACUAAGGGGUCGUUUGGAAGUUGAGAUUUCAAGUGAGGUAUUUAGCCAAUACAUGUAAUGAUAAGAUUAAGUCGUUUUUUUGGUUCAAUUUGAGUUAGAAUGCAUGUAUUACCUUUUUCCUGGCCCACCCACAAUCACUCAAAAUGAAUGAUUGUCAAUCUCUACAAAAAGUAGAGAUUGUUAACAAGGGAUUGUCUACCCUACUUUUUGCUCAAUCAUUAUCUUUCCAAACAAGGUAUUUUCCUAAUACAUGCAUUGAAUCAAUACAUCAAAUAAUAAUACAUGAAUUGAUUAAAUGCAUCUAUUUGGAGAAUCUCAACUUCCAAACAUGCCCUAUGUUACAAGAACUAGAGGCAUUGAACUGUAUAAUCUUAAUUUUGUACUGAUCGUAGUCCGUAGAUAACCGAGUGUCUCAGGAAGGAAAGAUUGCUUAUUUGGGCUUUCAACUUGGGAGUAGAUGGGCCGAUGGGAUGAGCCCAAUCAAUUAACAGGGUUGUGACUUGUGAGAGGAAGGUACAAAGCUUCCUGGAAGUGGAAGAAAAGCAGGCACCACCGAACCGAGUCACCGACGUACGGAACUCAACUGUUGUGGCGGAAUACUAUCUAGGUAAAUGGCCAUCUCUCCCUCGUUCGUUUCCUCUUUCUUUUUCUAGGGUUUCUGCUUCCACCGUCGUUGGCCUCCUCUGAUCGCGACGGGUUGUUUACCAGUUUAUGCGACAGAGCAAGCGAGAUGGCGGCCAAGGAAGACUAUCGAAUUUUCGUCGGGGGUCUGGGCUGGGACAUGUCUGAACGUCAGCUCGAGACCGCCUUUAGCCGCUUCGGCAAAAUUAUCGACUCUCAGAUCAUGGUGGAAAGAGACACAGGACGUCCCCGGGGGUUUGGAUUUAUAACCUUUGCUGAUCGUCGGGGAAUGGAAGAUGCCAUCCGUGAGAUGCAUGGGCGGGAACUUGGGGAUCGGCCCAUUUCUGUGAACAAGGCUCAACCUAAGAUGGGAGAAGAUGUUGAACCGGGUUACAGGGGAGGAGGCUACUCUGACAAUCGCUAUAAGGGAGGAGGCUACCCAUCUGGUGGUGGAAGGGGGGGACGCUAUGGGGGAGGAGAUAGGCAUGUUGGACAAGAUGAGUGCUUUAAAUGUGGCCGGGCCGGGCAUUGGGCUCGGGACUGUCCAUCAUCAGGUGGCCGAGGAGGUGGUGGCGGUGCAUUCCCUUCACGCUCUAGGUUUGGUGGCCCUCCUGCCGAUCGUGAGGAUCGCUUUGGAGGAGAACGUGACCGGUACAUGGAUGACCGCUAUGAUGGUGGGCGUUAUGCUGAUAGGGACCGCUUUGAGAGCAGAGACAAAUAUGGUACCCGUGACCGCUUCGCCAGUGACAGGUAUCCUCCUGCUGGUGACCGCUUUCUAGGCGACAGGUACGCUGGUGGUUCAGAUCGUUUUGGUCAGAAUGGGUAUGGCAAAGACAGUGCGUACGAGAGGGAUGCAGGGCCACGAGGAGGCGGUGAUAGGUAUGCAAGUGGAGGACCAGCACGCAGCGAGAGGAGCUACAGGGAUAGACCAGGACCCUUCGACCGUCCAAAUAGCCGGGGAGGGCGAUCCUUUGAUCGCUACUGAGACAAUGCUAUGAGGGAUGCUUUCCUUUUGGCGUAGUAGGUGUUAAUCGGGUCAGAAUAUUGUAGGCUAAUUAUCCCUUUGAACUGUUGUACGUGAUGAGAUUGGACGAAAGGUUUCCAUGGAAGAGGUUCGAGUUGUCAUCCCUUUGAGUCAUGUGGAAGUUACCGAGAUGACUGUCGUGUUGUAUUGUGCUCUUGGGUUCAACUUUGUUAGAUGUCUUAGUUAUUGGCUGCUGUCUGCAGUUUACAUGGAAGAGGUCCGAUUUAUUGCGAUUCAGUCCAGUUAUUGUCCAUUUGUUUUCUCUUCUUAGCAGUGGCAACCUGCUUGUUUUGAUGUUUGAUGGAUGCAACGACGAACGAGCUGUUAAUACGUAUAUUAGACGAAGAAUCGGUAAUACCGGAAAGGUAGAAAAUUUGAUGAUUGUGCAACUCGAAUAAUCAAAUCUUUCCUAGUAAGAAACAGUUGACUAGUAGAAGAUACUAAAACACAUUGCGUCUCUUUCAGUGAAGUGUUUGUUUGUUCUUCCUUGCAAAACUACAUCAGACUAUAGGAUAAUAAGGAUAAGAGACACUAAUCAUCUGCGUUCCUAUCUUCUUGCAAUGACUUUUCUUUGUUGUGUGAAACUGCUUAGGUGAGAUUUCCUUUUCAAGUUAUAUAUGGGUCCUAACUCCUACGCAUACGAAUGAGUCGUCGUCUGAAAAGUCAGAGCACAAAUCAUUGCUCAAGAAAUGCUUGCCAUAGCGUAUCGGCCUUGUUAUUGUCUCGUUUUUCCGUUGUUUAAUUUGCUUUUACUUUCUGCAGCUGCAAAUGUAGAAAUUUAUUUGAUGCCAUGGAGCUUCCGGCGUUGACUGGUACAGUAUUGCUACUGCUUGCAUGCAUGUGCCGUAUUAUUAUAUAUAUAUAUUCUCUUCGGACUUAUCUAUUAUGUAAAGGAAUUAUAGGAUAAUUAAUAGAGUGAUGCUGAUAAUCAGAAACUUAUAUAUGAUAUAAAGUAUUCGAUUCAAACUUGCUCCAGCUCAGUGGUGGAGAAGUUAUUUUAUGAUAUAAAGUAUUCGAUCGGACUAUUAUACCUAAGGCGGCAGAAGAAGUGAUGCUAAGUAGAUAAGAAUUAAGGUUUCGAUUCACACACAGAACUUUCACUUACUAGAAGAUCAUUCUAGUUCAGAAGAUUGACAAUGCACGACCCGACCCAUAAAUAGACAUUUGAUGUUAUGGGAUGCACAAUAUUUUGCAACAUACAGUCAUCAUUUCUUCUCUUGUUUUCCCUCCACUUACAAUGCCAAGUAUAUUGUGUAACCAGUUAAGCAAAUCUCAUUUUGACACCUUAAGUAUGAGGAAUUUUACAAUGCUAUAUAGCAUUGGUGAUAUAGAUUUUUGCCUUUUAUGGCACAACUUGAAAUUGUACCUUCAACGUUAUGAAACAACUUCAUAUUGUACCUAUAUUAUAUUAACGACCAAGCUUUCUUUAGUGGUUCUACCUCUAAUCUUCAACCCAGAGAUUCAGAUUCAAUUCUCUUAAGUAAGCAGCACGUCACACUGAAAUUAAGAAUUUAUAUCACCUUCAUGAAUACAUUAUAAUAUACGGUUAAUAUAUUUGCAUUGGUCUCAACAUUCCACAUAAUAAACAUCCCGAUCAAUUUUUUCAAUCUAUAACAUCAUGGCCCAAACUAUACAUCAAAGUUAUGAAAUUGACUCGUUUUUCUUUUUCAUUUUGAACCCAAAAAAGGAAAAAAUUAAUUCACAAUUUUCUUUUUUCAUUUGAAAAUGUGAAUUAAUUUUUCCUUUUAUUAUUAUAAAUACUUGUCUUUUUCUAACUAUCAAGUAAUCUAAUGAAUAAAAACAACAACGAGAAAAAAAAAAACUACAAAAAUGGAUCUGUGGUUCUAGGUCGGCCAAAAUCCCAAAACAAGAGUCCCCUAAUAAUUGAACUCCAUCGAUAUCAAUAAAGGGCAGGCAGGCAU